GCCCUAGAGUGUGUGUUGAAUUCCGUCACGAUCAGUUCGGUCUCUGAAGAAUAUUCGCAGCAAUGGCAAGACUUGGCAUGAUCGUCCCAGCUCUGUUGGCAUUAGCAGUGAUGCUGAUGUCUCUGGGGGAGACAAGUUCUAAAGGUUGCUGCACAUCGUACAGUGAGAAGCCUUUUCCGGUUAAACUGCUGCAAAGCUACAUUAAACACGGUGUUCAAGGGGCCUGCAACAUCGAUGCUGUGAUAUUCACCACAAAGUUAGGGAAGAAGAUCUGUGCCAACCCCAAAGACAAGUGGGUUAAGAGAGCCAUAGCCAGCAUUAAGAACAAGAACCCCUCAUGAUGCUACCUGCGUACUGAGGUUGGCAACAUGUGAACAGAAUCAUGAC